AUACAGACCUCUGCAUAACAUUAUCCUCGGUUCAGUUGUUUUGACAUAUUUUCAAAGCACUCUGGAAAAGGACAAUUCGACGGGGAUUCUUCGUUGAUCCAAAGUCACGUCACAAAUUAACCCGCGAAGUCAAACGGCUAUUUCAGCACAUCUCAGAACUAUGAGUGAGAACAGUUCUUCUGAUCCUCCCAACAGCACUCAGGGGCCCAUCACUGACGAUAAAGCCGCCCAGGAGAAACUGGAGAGCAAAGGUGCGAAUCCCCCAACGCAAGAACCAGAAGAAGAGAUCGACAUUGAUCUGGAGGCGCCAGAGACAGAGAAAGCUGCUUUGGCAAUACAGAAUCAGUUCAGACGCUUCCAGAAGAAAAAGAAGUAGAAGAGGGAAGCAUGAGCGAGAAGAAUCAGCGCGGAGGACAAAAACACCUUCCGCGGCAUUCAAAAUGGAAAGAGAGUUAAUGAGGAAGCGACAGAGGACAAGGAAAAGUCAAGUGUGGGUGGGAAAUUAGGGGGUUGGAAAGCAAAUGAUAGCCCUGUGGCAUCAACAUGCUGGGGUGAUUAGAGUUUAGGACAUAAGAAUAGGGAAGGAUUUUCACUUUAAAAGACAUGGCAGAUUCUGUAUUUGUUGAGAUUUUCUCCAUCCUUUCGUUCCUCUCCUGUAGACAUAAAUACAGCUAGUUACUGUGCAAAACAUGUCUGACAUAUUUAAUAUAUCAUUGAUGCAACACAAUAAAUGUAAGAAAUAUAAACCUCACAAAUCAAAAGACA